AUGCCUCUUUGCACCCUUCACCUCGUCGCUCUCGAUCCCGCCCACUCCAACGCGCAGCAAUCCUUCCUCUCAGCGCUCAAAUCUGCAAAACUCUCACCACUCGUGUUGUCCCGCGUAAUCCGGUGGAUCAUCCUUCCGUCGACAUUCUCCACGGAGCACCUUCUCGCGCGGAACAUCCAUUGGGACUUCCUCAUCAUACUGCCCGGUACAGAUGCCUUGGCGGCGUCAUUGCAACCACUCAUCCUGCACACAUGGAGGAUCACAGCUGGCGUGCCCUCCCGUCUGACUCAAGAUUUUGCAGCUAAAAACCACAAAAUGCUGCAGCCUGAGCCAGGCAGCGUGCCGCAGCUCAACAAUGACGCACUGGAGGCGAAGCAGACUACAUCGUCCGCGCAGAAUCUUGAACUCUCCGCCGAGCUAAAAGACUGGAUCCGGACUUUCUCCACCGCCGACGCCCCAGAAGCCAAAGGCGCAGUCUCCAUGUUCAACCUCCUCUCCUUUCGCCCUGACAUGAAAUCAUCGUACCUCGAAUAUGGCAAGGCCUUCGCCUCAUCUAUCGGCUCUUCACACGGCGGAAACGCGAAGAUUGUAGGUGGUGUAACGCAUGUCAAUGGUACCGCACGAGCGAAAGAAGCACAGGAUGGAGUGGGCUGGGAUGAGAUAGCCCUUGCGCACUAUCCUAGUAUACUACAUUUCGCGGAUAUGCUGGCGGAUAAAGAGUACCAGGAUGUUAAUCACAAGUACCGGGUGCCGGCGCUGAGGGAUACGGCGAUCUUGAUGACGAGUGAGAUGGGGUUGGAAGGGUGGGGAGAGGGUGGGAAGGCGAAGUUAUAA